AUGGUCGCUCAAGCACAAGCUGUUUCCGUGUCUCUCAAGGACCUUAAGGAUGGUAACAUCUCCUUCGAGACCCUUAAGCAAGCCUUUGGUCCAGACUCUCUCGGAAUCCUCGUAGUAAAGGAUGUUCCUGAAGAAUUCCCUGAACUUAGACACCAGGCCCUUUCUUACGCCUCGUAUCUUGGUAACCUCCCAAAGGAGGAGCUCGAGAAACUUGAGAAUGCCCGAGCCAAAUACCUAACCGGCUGGUCCCUCGGCAAGGAAACUCUCAAGAAUGGCCAAGUCGACACCUUCAAGGGCUCAUACUACGCCAACUGCGCAUUCUACAUCGACCCAUCCCUCGAAUGCGCCAAGCCCACCGAAGAGUUCUCCAUCGACACAUUCCCAGAGUAUCUGGCUCCUAACGUCUGGCCACCAGAGGGUGUCCUCCCUGGCUUCAAGCCCUCUGUGACUUCACUAUGCCGUCUCAUCAUCGACGUAGCCGUUCUAGUCGCUCGCGCAUGCGAUCGUUUUGCACAAGAGGAUAUCCCUGGUUAUCCUACUGGGUAUCUCGAGCAUGUCGUCAGUACCUCUAGUACCACUAAAGCUCGUCUUUUGCACUACUACCCUCAAGAGUCCGAGCCUAGUGCGAAUGGAGGUGAUGAGGAUGAUUGGUGUGCUACACAUCUUGACCACGGAUGUUUGACAGGUCUUACAUCGGCCAUGUUCAUCGAUGAGCAUAAGACUAGCCCUGCUGUACCAGAUGUCACAAACCUGAACGGUGCUUCUCUCCCACCUCUUGACGAGCUUCCUUCCUCUCCUGAUCCUUCAGCUGGUUUGUAUAUCAAGUCCCGCACCGGCGAGACUGUGCAAGUCAAGAUCCCCCGCGACUGCAUUGCCUUCCAGACUGGCGAGGCCCUCGAACGUAUUACUGCUGGUCGCUUCAAGGCUGUACCUCACUUUGUCAGGGGUGUAAGACCCAGUGUUAGCGAUGGAAAGGUUGCUCGUAAUACUUUGGCAGUGUUCACUCAGCCUAACUUGGGUGAAGAGGUUGAUAUUGAGCAGCACCUCACAUUUGGAGAGUUUGCUCGUGGUAUCGUUGACAAGAACACUGUAUCAUAA